AUGUCGUCCCCACCUGAUGUUCUGGAAUUGGACGCCGCCAUUAUCGGUGCUGGUUUCUCUGGCAUUUAUACCCUUCACCGACUUCGAAACGAGCUUGGUCUCAAUGUAAAAAUCAUUGACGCUGGGUCCGACCUUGGAGGAACCUGGCAUUGGAACACCUAUCCGGGCGCUCGAGUGGAUUGCCCAGCUCCAACCUACGCCUUUGGCAUCCCGGAAAUUUGGAAGACCUGGACCUGGUCUCAACGGUAUCCUGCACAAAAGGAGUUUGAGGAUUACUUUGAUCACGUAGACAAAGUUCUGUCAGUGCGCAAAGACUGCAUUUUCAACUCUCGGGUGACCUCUGCAUUGUUCGACCCAGCGACCGCGAAAUGGACAAUUCAAACCAAUGAUGGGAGAACGGUGCGUGCUCAAUACUUUGUGCCGGCGGUUGGAUUUGCGGCCAAGCAGUAUAUCCCAUCAUGGAAGGGUAUCGACUCGUUUGAGGGUACCAUUCACCACUCUUCCCUCUGGCCAAGAGAGCCUGUCGAUGUGCGAGGGAAGCGCGUCGCCAUUAUUGGUACCGGAUCUACCGGCGUUCAAAUCAUUCAAGAAUGGGCAAAAGAAGCAGCAGAGACCUUUGUUUUCCAAAGAACACCGAAUCUCUGCCUACCAAUGGACCAGGAGACGUUUGAUUCUGCCGCGCGAGACGAAAUGCGUGCCCAGACAGAAGCAGAGUUUGCCCGAUGCCAACAUAGUGUCCAGGGAUUGUCACGCACCGACCCGCCCAAAGCUUUUGCAGAAAUGUCAAAGGAGGAAUGUGAUCAAGUUUUGAAUGAUUGCUAUGACAAGGGUGGCUUCCGACUUUGGGGCGCCGCGUACAAAGACUUGCUCGUCUCCCCUGAAGCUAAUCGUGCAACCUAUGAUCUUUGGGCGAAGAAGACACGCGCCCGCAUUCAAGACCCAGCUAAGCGUGAUCUGCUAGCCCCUCUGGAGCCCCCUCAUCCGUUUGGUACCAAGCGUCCCUCUCUAGAGCAGGGCUACUUCGAACAAUUCAACAAGCCAAAUGUCCAUCUUCUAGAUACCAACACGAACCCGAUCAUUGAGCUUACGCCACGGGGGAUUGUGACUGCCGAUAACAAGACCCACGAAGUUGAUGUCAUUGCCAUCGCUACCGGGUUCGAUGCCAGCACCGGCAGCCUAUCGAAUAUGGGCAUCUGCGACAUUGAGGGUGUCAGCUUGGGCGAGAGAUGGCGCGAUGGCGUAUCCACCUUCCUAGGUCUCACGGUGCCUGGUUGCCCCAACAUGUUCAUGCCCUACUCGGUUCAGGCCCCGACGCCAUUCACGAAUGGACCUGUGUUCAUAGAGUACCAAGCCGAUUUCAUUCGUGAUAUCAUCAAAAAGAUGAAGGAUGAGGGCAUUAAGACCCUGGAUCCCCAGCCCGCAGCAGCGCAGGCUUGGAGAGAACAGGUCAUCGCGAUCUCACACAUGACUCUUCUUACACAGGCAAAGUCCUGGUAUAUGGGAGCAAACAUACCAGGAAAGCCGGUCGAGUUUCUUUACCUUUUGGGAGGGAUGCCGAUGUAUCGAGCUGUGUGCGAAGAUUCCAUUGGACCCAAGUUCCAGGAGCUUUUCGUUUGUCAAAACUGA